AUGUUGUUGCUUAAUGCUGUUUUCUUUCUUUUGAACCCUGCACUCGCUAACGCAGCGGCAGUCGUGAACAUUGGAGGAUCCACGAUCAUUGGGACCGAGUUCAAGCCAUCCAAUGUCGAAUUCUUUGGAGGAAUACCAUAUGCAGAGCCGCCAUUGGGUAAUCUUCGACUGCAGCCCCCGGUUCUACUCAAAUCACUUCCAGUUAAGACAUUACAUGCCGAAAAUUUUGGCUUAGCGUGCUUGCAAACGGACUUGCCCCGAGAUACGGUUUCUGAAGAUUGUCUUACGCUGAACAUAAUCCGCCCAGCUGGUAUUUCUAAAAAAGCCAACCUUCCGGUGAUGGUUUGGGUCUAUGGAGGGGCAAACGUCAUCGGAGGCACUUCUCUUUAUAAUGGGACGGAAAUCGUGGCUCACAGUGUAAAACGCGGCACACCAAUCAUUUUUGCGAGCAUGAAUUAUCGCCUCGGCCCUUUAGGCUUCCCACAGGGUGCAGAAGCUGGUCAGAAAAAGAUUCUCAAUUUGGCUUUAGAGGACCAAUUGACCGCGUUGGAAUGGAUCCAGGAGAAUAUCGGACAAUUUGGCGGAGAUAAAUCCAAGGUUACGGUUUUCGGGGAAAGCGCAGGAGCUACUGCGAUCAGGGUGCAUCUUCAAGAGACAAGAAUUGAUAAGUUUGCUCGUGCUGUUAUACUGGAAUCGACAUUCUCGCGGCCUACUUUUGGUCCCGAAGCACACGAAGCAGCAUGGCAACUCUUCGUGGCCUCAAUCCCAGGCUGCGAAGCUGUAGCAAAUACUCCAAAUACUAUCGACUGCAUCCGUCAGGCGGAUACCCAAUCCAUUCUGCAAGGCUUAAACGGAGGCCAGGUCUUCUUCUUCAACGGAUCGAAUUACCAGGCUGUCAUCGACGGGCCUGGCGGUUUUCUAGUUGACCGACCCUCCGUCGUUCCUGCUAAAUCUCGACUGCCAAUGCUCAUUGGAACCAAUCUCGACGAAGGUACAAUAUUUACCCCACAGGAUACACGGUCGCCAGAUGAUAUCAAAAAUUUUAUUCUGUCUGCAACGUCGCCUCCUGUUGUUAGCCCAGCCGAGCAGGAAGCAAUCAUCGAUCGCGCAUUGGCGAUGUAUCCCGAUAAUCCUGCCCUGGGUUCUCCUUUCAACACUGGGAAUGAUACUUUUGGGUUAGAUGGCGAGUACAAGAGAUAUGCUGCUAUAUUUGCCGACUUUAUCGUCCAAUCUACGAAGCGCACCAUGAUCCAAAACAGGAUGGAUGUAGGCGCGAAGGUUUUCGCGUACCUUUUCACAGAUCCUGAUGGCGUCCUCAUCCCUGACUUGAUUGAUACUCCGCCGGCUCCUGUUGCCCAUUCCACAGAAGUCUUUUACGUGUUCGGUACGCUUGCCAAAAAGACACAUACAGCUGUUUCUUUGAGCAGCAACAUGCGAGACUACUGGAUCUCGUUCGCAACGAGCCUUGAUCCAAAUGACAACCAUGGAAAUGUAAACCGUCCUCGCUGGGAGGAAUACACACAACAAAACAAGGUGUUAUUGGAACUUAAUGGGCAUGACACAAAAACAAUCCCGGAUAAUUUCAGAGAAGAACAAAUUUCAUUUUUCCAAAACAAUCCCGAUGCUUUCCGGCGUUAA